GUUAUAUUUAUUUAUGCAAGCCUUCCACAGUAACCCACAUGCCAUGCAUAUGUCUAUUGGUCUUGUACAUCACACUUCCUACAGUACAGCUCCUUUGAGAAGCUAAGGCUCUUUAGUUGUCAGGGGAGGGAGAAAGCAUAGGAGGCUUGAGUGUGUGACAUCGCCUACACAGAGUCUAUUUCUCGUCUCAGUGCAAGUCAGUGGUUUACAUAAAUCCCAAUACACAUUGACCACAGUGAGCGGCUGCUAUAGCUGAAUGCAUUAGGUGAAACACCUUCAUUUUAGGAGGCUUGCCAGACGAUGCAUUGAUUAUGUAAGGCCUGCUGAGGUGAUGCUCAGGAGACUUGAAGCUCCUAAUCUUGUUUAGAUUAUGUUUUGGUAAAUGUAAAGGAAAAGUGUUUUUAUUUUUGUACCUUUUAUUUAACUAGGCAAGUCAGUUAAGAACAAAUUGGGGGUUCAGGGGCAGAACGACAGAUUUGUACCUUGUCAACUCGCCCUAGGUUGACUUAGAUCUAAUUAACACCUGUAUUUGGAACCAGGAAAGUGAACACAUACUUGAUUGAUCAAAGAUGAUCACGUACAUAAGUGCAUUCAUAGGACAAAUGCUUGAGCCGACUGACAUUUUUAGAUAUUUUGCAUCUCUUCUCUGAAUGGAACCCUCUGAUCUCAUAGAAUUCUGGUUUCCCGGGGAACAAGGAAACAAAGUAUUUGAAGCAUGCAACAUUUUAGUACUUCAAGAGCUCAUAACAGAACUGUAGACAGGGGAAAUUCAAUGGACUUUGUUGUGAAGAAGAUUGAAGGUACAUUUACAGCUAAGUAAUCAAUCUGAUAGUUGAGUAGGAACAUUUAUUUGUACAGUGAACAAUCUGAGCUUAUGUUGGCUUGUCAUUUAUUUGGUCCUGAAUACACAUGAACCAUGCUCUCAAUUGCAGCAAUACUCUCCCAUCUCUCAAUAAAACAUGUAUUAUUAUUUUCUUCUCUGUUCUGAUGUAGCCUUGCUUAUUUAAAUGUGUUACACUUCAAAUGAUAUUUUUUGCUUUUUAUUAUGGCCACUGAGUGUUUCAGUAAUAUGUCUUUACAUCCUUCUCUGACUAGAGUUGGAUAUAUCCAGGUAUCACACGAAGGGCCACUGUAGGAAGCUUGGCUCGCCAAAGAAUGAUACCACAGAUGAUCUUCCUGAUAACACUAGGACUGCAGAGAGAGCCUCAAUGAGAUGGCCACCCUCCCUCACGGUUUUGAGGACAGCAGAGCCACACGUACGACAGACGCAGUCCAUCCCCACUCACCCUCCCUGCACCCCCCUGAAGCACACCCCACCCGGUCCUUAUGGACAUGGAUAUCCACCACAUCCACCUCAGCCUUCAGCCAAGGAGCGGUCCAAGUCGGUGGAGCCCAGAUACGAGCCCCGCCACCUGGACUUUAACUUCCUGCGCAGAGCCUCUGCCAUAGAGCAGGUAGAGGGGGAGCUCCAGUACCGGUGUGCUGGGUGCCUGUUGCUCUAUCCCAGCUUGGCCGUGCUGCAGAACCACAUCGGCCUCAGCUGGAUGGAGGGCUUCAGCUGCCGCGUCUUCUACAGGAAGCUGAGGGAGAUCUGCAACAGGAACGAAACCAAGAAGCUCCACGAGAGGGUCCAAACAAGUAGUGUCGCUGAGAAGCAGCUGAGGCCACCAACGUGUGGGGCAGCGCUGGGCCUUGCUAGAGGGGGUAGGAGUGGAGGGCAGACAGGGCUGAAGCAGGGAGAUCCUCCUGGAGCUGCUGCAGGAAGGAAGGACCAGGGGGCACCCAGCCACAGGUUGACUCUGGAGUCGGUGGAGACCAUAAGAAGGAACACAGCCGUUCACAAGUGGCUGAAUGAGAUUGAAUGUUACCCCUUCCCUGAUGUCACCCAGUCACCAGAGAGAGCAUAAAAACAUCCCUCUUUUUGAUUCAUCAGUUUCACUGAAUGAGAAAGACUAUUGGCACUGAAUUAAAGACUAUUGGCAUUGAAUUAAAAACUAUUGGCAUUACAUUUCUCAGUGUAAAGGUGUCAUUGCUGUCCUUAGAGGAUUUGCUCUGGGAUGGUGGGACUGGUUUGUGUUAUUCACAGGCAGAUAAGUUGCUGUCUGUGUUCACACACGUGUGAAUUAAAAUACCAUCACUGCU